AUUUCAAAUUCCUUAUAUUAAGCAAAUUAGUUGGCACAUUUGUUCGUGUUUUUUUUAUUUUAAAUUACGGAUAGCCAGGGGUAGACUCCCAAAUCUCAGAUAUUCAGAAACAAACCAAGGGAUGUUCUCUUGACAAGUGUGUGAAUUGGACCAUUUCUGUCCUGCUAAGCAUUCAAAAUGUAACGAGUACUUUUGGGUGUCAGGGGAAAUGUAUGGAGUAAAAAGUACAUACUUUUCUUUAGGAAUGUAGUGAAGUAAAAGUUGUCAUAAAUAGUAAAGUACAGAUAGAUACCCCAAAAAACGACUUAAGUAGUACUUUAACGAAAUUUUACUUAAGUACUUUACACCACUGAUUUUAGCUAACCUUAAACCUUUUCAGAACCUUAACCUAAUUCUUAUAACACGUUACGUUAAUUAAUCUAACUUGCUGCGUAAAUUCUCCUAACCUACUACGAAAAACCCAUUCUGGUCAAUUCUGACAAACUGUUUCCCUUCUUGUCAAAACGAGUGAACAGCAAGCAAAUAUGAUCUGCCACACACAAAAUACAUAACAGUAUUAGUAUACUGUGUGUAGCCUAAUAAGGCGAUGUGUUUAUGUUGCCAUCAAUUCAGAUUUUUUUUUUAUGUGAGACUUUUUCAUUGUUCACAUAGUUGGCAAGGCUAUGCAGUUUCUGUUAGCUGGCGGCCGACUAAAAUGGGGUAGCUUGCUCUGACAAAUGUGACUGAUGCAAAGCAGCUAACAAUCUGUGGUUACAUUUUUGUCUAGUCCACUGUUGUAGGCUACUAUUAAAACUAUAAUAAACUAUCUCUGGCUACACUAUGGACUAUCUGUCGUGGUGGUCGCCCUACACUUCCAAAAUAACAUUGUGAUGUAAUAUCACAUCAGGGCAAUAAAGGGACGGUUAUAGAUUGGGAAUCAUAGCAUACACGUUUGUUUGUAAAUAUUUCCAUCUGCAUUGUUUAAUGUAUCUACAUUUCUAAGCUACCCAGAUAACUUUGCCUGAUAAGCAACAAAAAAAAUUGUACCGGAAGUGAUAUUCACGUGUCAACCCGGCUCGUUCCGUUCGUUGCUGAGGUGGAGCUGUGCGUGGUGAAGUUGCCUGAAACGAUAGAAGAGCAUAUGCAAUAGCAUGUGUUUAUAGUAGAGCUAUUUGCUUAUAGUUUUACUAACUGAAUUACCGUGGUCUGAUUUUACGAGAUGACACAAAACUGCAGACCCCUCAAGCGCCCUGGUGUCGGAGUAGGGGUUCUUGUCACAGAUUCAGCUCACUCCAACUGCGUCCUCGUAGGGAAGCGAAAAAGUGCAAUGGGCAAAGGAACGUAUCAGCUACCUGGCGGCCAUCUGGAAUUUGGAGAGACCUGGGAAGAAUGCGCACACAGGGAGGUGAUGGAAGAGGCAGGAGUGCGCCUGAAAGAAGUCAGGUUCGCAUCCGUGGUGAACUCCAUCAAGCUCGAUGAGCAGUACCACUACAUCACCAUCAUCAUGCAAGGAGAAGUGGACAGGAGCUACCCAGCAGAGCCAGUCAACCUCGAACCAGAUAAAAAUGAAGGUUGGACAUGGACACGGUGGGACCAGUUUCCUCAAGAGGACCAACUCUUCCUGCCUCUGGCAUGCCUGAGACAACAGGGCUUCCAGCCGUUCAACGCCACAUAACACUGCAGCUACCCAGAAACAGAGAAGAGAGGGGCGAAGCACAGGGAUAGAAGACGCGUACAUUAGAACUGCUUUGUAGGACCUAAUCAAGUCAGACAGUUGGGUAUACAUGGUGACGGUUGAACUAAUGUUGAUCAGCACCAUUGGUUGGGUAAACAUGGCAACGGUUGCUGGACUUAUGAGGGGACAACUCAUGGAUCUAACAGAAGAAGGAAGUUAUGACAACAAAUCAUUGAAUGUAUUUAUAUCACUGAAAUGUUGAUUCAAAACACACUGUACUACAAAUAACCAGUAUGUGUUUUGUCAAUAUUAAAAGUAACAUUAGAAGUAGAUGAUAAUUUAACAGUUUUACAGUAGAGGUUUAAAGACACAAGUAACAUACCACACUUGGCACAAUAAGUGGGUCUCAUCUGACUCCUGCAGUUCUCCCAGUUUACAGCAGGAUGGCGCUAGAGACCCAGGCUGCCAGCAGUGUGGUCCACAGUGUUGCCGUGAAGGUAGCAGCAUAGCUGUAGAAGACCUUGUUGUGUGCGUAGGUGAUGAUGUGGUGUGCUCCGGCGUAGGCCUCCUCACAGGUGGGCUGGAUCUGGUCCUCUGGGAGCUCGAAGCCGUGUUUGCCCUUGUCCCUCAGCUCAAAGGUGAAAGACAACGGGAUGCCGAUCAGCCUGCCAAAGUCCUGAGACGAUCCCGAAAAGGGAUCUGGAGACAGAGAGAGAGAGUUUUAUAGGCCAGUAGUUGUAUAGUCUCUUCCCAUUGGAUUGCCAUGUGUCUGAGUAUAGAUGUGGGUCUUGAUAAAAUGGGAUUAAACAGGCAUUGCUCA